CCAAAUUUAUAUUUCCUUUUGUGUUAUACUCAUUUUUCUUCAAUGGAGUCGCAAGUAUACACUUUGUUGCAAUAUUUGCAAUUGUCUAUUGGCUAUUUUCUCUUCACUUUUGCCAUUGGCUUCUCUGUUUUCUCUGUUUUAGUCUUGUUGUUAAGACACAAGUUUUGGUCAUGGUGCACUUGUGACAUUUGCCAUUGUUACCUUACAUCUAGUUGGAGAAAAGAAUUUACAAAUCUUGGUGAUUGGUAUGCUCAUCUUCUCCGUAAUUCGCCAUCACAAACGAUACGAAUACAUGUUCUUGACAACAUAAUCACAGCCAAUCCAAGAAAUGUGGAGUACAUGCUCAAAACCAACUUCUUGAAUUAUCCUAAAGGGAAGCCUUUUUCAAUGAUUCUUGGUGAUCUUUUAGGUGAUGGUAUUUUUAAUGUUGAUGGUGAUUUAUGGAUGUUUCAAAGAAAAAUGUCUAGUCUUGAACUUGGUAGUAUGUCUAUUAGAUCUUAUGCAUUUAACAACGUGAAAAAUGAGAUCAAUUUUAGGCUUAUACCACUUUUAUCCUCACAUGUUGUUGUAUCAUCAUCACAACAUGAUUUUAAAAGUUUGGAUUUACAAGAUGUUUUUAGAAGAUUUUCUUUUGAUAACAUAUGUAAAUUCUCUUUUGGUUUAGACCCUUGUUGUCUUGAACUAUCCCUUCCUCUUUCACAUUUCGCGUAUUCAUUCGAUUUGGCUACAAAAUUGUCAGCAGAGAGGGCAAUGGUAGCAUCACCAUUGAUAUGGAAGAUCAAAAGAUUUUUGGACAUUGGAACAGAAAAGAAGUUAAAAGGGGCCAUUGAGGAUAUUAAUGUACUUGCAAAUGAAGUCAUAAGGCAAAAAAGGAAAUUAGGUUAUUCAAAUCAUCAAGAUCUUUUAUCAAGAUUUAUGACUAUGGUUGAUAAUGAUGUUUAUUUAAGAGACAUUGUGAUAAGUUUCAUAUUAGCAGGGCGUGACACGGUGGCAUCGGGUCUAACAAGUGUAUUUUGGUUGUUAACAAGUCAUCCUGACGUUGAAUUGAGAAUUCGUGAAGAAACGAGUCGUGUCAUGAAACAAAAUGAUGAAGAGUUUUUGAAGUUUGAAGAAAUGAAUCAAAUGCAUUAUUUGAAUGCUGUGAUUCAUGAAAGUAUGAGGCUAUAUCCACCAGUGCAAUUUGAUUCAAAAUUUGCUAGUGAAAAUGAUGUUUUUGUAGAUGGUACAUUUGUUGGUAAAAAUGAUAGGGUGACAUAUCAUGUGUAUGCAAUGGGGAGAAUGGAAAAUAUUUGGGGUAAAGAUUAUAUGGAGUUUAAGCCAGAACGUUGGUUAAAAAAUGGUAUAUUUUGUCAACAAAGUCCUUUUAAAUAUCCUGUUUUUCAAGGUGGAAUUAGGGUUUGUUUAGGUAAGGAAUUGGCACUAAUGGAAAUGAAGUGUGUAGUGGCUUCUAUGUUGCAACACUUCGAAAUUCGGGCCGUGGCGGUCGGCAGUGAACCUCGGUUUGAUCCGGGGUUGACGGCAACCGUGAGAGGCGGGCUUCCGGUGGUGGUUAGGAGGAGGAGGGGCAUUUGAAGUUUUUUAGCUAGUAGCAUGACCACCAGUAUGGUUUAUCGUUUGUUGUAUUACAUUCUAGUAUCUGAAACUUACUGUUUCGAUUAAUUCAGAUUCACAUUGUAUAGGAUCCAUUUAAAAGAGAAGUGUUUUGUGAUAGAAAUUU